CUGAAACUGACAUGACAACGGAAACCACCAAUGUACCUCCAACAUCAUCUGAAACUGACAUGACAAUGGAAACCACCAAAGUACCUCCAACAUCAUCUGAAACAGCCACAUUAGAAACAUCUGAAAUUUCCACAACACUCACAACUGUUACAACAUUAGAACCCUCUACAAUUUUCACAUCAGAAUCUACAGCAGUCUCUACCACGCACACUUCCACCAAUACAAUAACGUCAAACACAUUUAACUUAACAUCUUAUCUUAGCCAUAGCACAAUCACAACAGGAACACAAUCUGACACUACAGCAGAACAAACCACCCAGGCUCAGCAGGUGCUCAUUUUGCUGACGUUCCAGCUUGAGAUUAACUUCACUCUAUCCACUCUUUUGGAUAAUCAGUCAACGGAGAGCAAACAACUAGCUGACACCAUCAAAGAUGAGGUUGGCAGAGUGUUUUCAUUUCAGUUUGAUUCUUUCAUUAACAUUACUAGAGUUGAAUUCUGGAAUGAAUCUGGACUGGUGGGAGUGGACAUUGAUCUUCUGUUCAAGUAUCCUGAACCAUCCCUGUGUCAGGUGAUCUCCACUCUGUAUUCCCUGGCAUUAGUUCCAUCCUUUUUCACUUUUCCCUUGGAUCCCAAGUCCAUACGGGACCGCACCACAUCAGAACCAUCUACUGCAAUAACAACUGCAACUACAACCACAUCAGCACAAUCUGCUACAACUGCACCUACAGUCAUAUCGCCUAUAUCAACUACAGGACUAACAACUACAGAAGCUGCAACUACAACUUCAUCAGAACCAACUACUACAAUAACUGCAACUACAACCACGUCAGAACCAUCUACUACAAUAACAGCUGAAACUACAUCCGGACAAUCUGCUAUGACUGCAACUGCAACCACAUCAGAAACAUCUACUUCAACAACUGCAGCUACAGUGAUAUCAGGACUAACUACAGAGGCUGCAACUACAACUUCAUCAGAACCAACUGUUACAACAGCCUCAACUGCAACGACUGCACCUAUAAGAGCUGCAUUUGUAGAGCUUAUAUUUUCCAUGGUGAUGGUAUUUACGGAAGAGCUGAAUAAUAUAACUUCAGAAUUAUAUACACAUUUGAGAGACACUGUUGAAUUUCAGCUUUACAGUGUUUACAAAGUGAAAUAUGAAAAUCUAUUCAGCAGCGUAACUCUAAGAAGUUUCAGCCCUGGAUCUGUGGUUGUGGACACUUUGUUGGAGUUCAAUGCCUCUGCAUCUGUUGCUUUACCAACUUUGGAUGAGAUAAAACAAACCCUUAUAGAGGCGGCUUCAGUGAACAACACAAAUUUCACUCUUAACAUCAUCAUCAGCAGUAUAACUGUUCAAGUUGGUUAUCGUUCAACCGCAACUGCAUCACUACCAACAAUUUUAACAUCUGCAGCUACAAUGAUAUCAGAAGCAUCUACCACAACAACUGCAACUACAUUAACAUCCAGACAAUCUAUUAUGACUGCAACUGGAAUCACAUCAGAAACAUCUACUUCAACAACUGCGACUACAAUCAUAUCAGGAGUAACAACUACAGAAACUGCAACUACAACCACGUCAGAACCAUCUACUACAAUAACAGCUGAAACUGAAACCACAUCCGGACAGUCUACUCUGACUGCAACUGGAAUCACAUCAGAAAAAUCUACUUCAACAACUGCAAUCAGAAUCAUAUCAGGACUAACAACUACAGAAACUGCAACUACAACUUCAUCAGAACCAUCUACUUUGACUGUAACUGCAAUCGCAUCAGAAACAUCUACUUCAACAACUGCAACUACAACCACAUCAGGACAAUCUGCUACAACUGCAAAUGCAAUCACAUCAGAACCAUCUGCAACAUUAACUGCAACUACAGCCACAUCAGGAGAAUUUACUGUGACUGCAACUACAACCACAUCAGAACCAAUUACUACUAUAACUGCAACUGAAACCACAUCCGGACAAUCUACUAUGACUGCAACUGGAAUCACAUCAGAAACAUCUACUACAGAAAAUGCAGCUACAACCUCAUCAGAACCAACUACUUCAAUAACUGCAACUACAACCACAUCAGAACAAUCUACUGUGACUGCAACUGCAAUCCCAUCAAAAACACCUACUUCAGCAACUGCAACUACAGUCAUAUCAGGAAUAACAACUACAGAAGCUGCAACUACAACUACAUCAGGACAAUCUGCUACAACUGCAAAUGCAGUCACAUCAGAACCAUCUACAACAUUAACUGCAACUACAACCACAUCAGGAGAAUAUACUGUGACUGGAACUACAACCACAUCAGGGCAAUCUGCUACAACUGCAACUACAGUCAUAUUAGAACCAUCUCCUUCAACAACUUUGACUGCAAGCACAACAGAACAAUCUCCUAAAACAACUAUAACUUCGAGUACUUCACAACCAUCUCCAUCAACUACAACUGCAUCAGUACCAACAGAAGCUGUAACUACAGUCACAACAACCACAACGACCACAAAUCCUAUAAAUUAUAGUGAAAGACUGGAACUUAAGUUUUCUCUUAUGAUUGAUUUUACAGAUGAUCUGUAUGAUCCAACUUCAGAAAAUUAUAAAAAAUUGGAAUUGCAGGUUGUAUUGCAGCUUACCUAUCUUUACAAGACAAAGUAUGGACCUAUAUUCAUCAUGGUGAUUGUAAUAAGUUUCAGCCCUGGAUCUGUGGUUACGGACACUGAGCUUGUGUUCAACACCUCUAUGCCUGAUUCCCUACCCACUGCAAAUGAUGUGAAACAAGUCCUUAUCCAGGCUAUAUCAGAAAACAACAGUAACUUCACUCUUAAGAUCAACUCCAGCAGUAUAACUGUUCAAGAAAUGGCAGGAAUUAGUACAGUGGCUACGAUGCCUGUCAGCACACUUGCCACUGCACAAUCUGUUACUGUUCAGACUACACCAACUUCACAGCUGGAAACUACAAGCACUUUUGCUACUAAUGCUUCUACCAGUGUGGCAGCAACCACAUUAACUUCAAUAACUGCAACUUCAACUGCAACUCCAACAACAACCAUUGCAGUGGUAAUAAUCAAACUGCGCUUUGCUAUGUCAAAGGACUUCACCUCAGAGUUAAGCAACACCAGCUCACCACAAUUCCAAACUCUGGCAGCUCAAGUAUAUUUAGUGGUCAACCAGGUAUACCGAGACCAUUUUGGCAACCAGUACAAAGGUAGCAAUGUAACACAGUUCAGCAAAGGCUCAGUGGUGACCUUCAUUGACCUCUUCUUCAGUGGCACUGACCCCCUCCCAAAUUCUAUAGACAUAGUGAAUGCCCUCAAACAGGCUGUGAGCAACAACAACACCCUCUCCAUCAUCCUCGACUCCAUCCAAAUUAACAGUGCAGCAGGAAGAAACAGUGUAUCUUGUGCUGUGCUGCUGGCUGCACUCACACUUCUGCUUGCGGGUCACCUGUAGAUAGCCGCUGCCCAACGACAGUGAAGAUACAUAGAGAUGGAGCAGAAGAUGGUCAGGCUGCAAAGGACAAUACAUAGAUUUUAUUUAUCAUUUUGCAAAGGACUAUAUAUAAUUUUAUUUAUCUGCUAUUACCUUUUUUUCCACCGUAAUCUCUAAUAUUCUUCUUAAGUGUUGAUGUAAACCAGAAGAUAUUUAAAAGAAUGAACUGAUGCAUUUGUAUAUAGGAUCUAACAGUAGAUUUACUGUGUGGUGGCACCAUAAUAAGGACAUGCAUAGCAUCUUCAGGGACUACAAGGUUGUGUGGAGAAAAUGAAGACAGUAGAAGAUACCUGCUACCUUUGGUGUAAUUCAUACAGGUUGUGUGCUUCUAUCACUGCAAAUGAGAUGAAGAGAAAAAUACGGGAUAGCAAGUCAUUCGAACAGCAGUUUCAAGGGAACAGUACUCAACAGCAAAGCAUCCAUACAACCUGGCAAAGCUUGUGUGAUAUUCCAGUCACUUGGAGAUAAUGGGACAUGAUGGGGG